AUGAAUUCACGGGCAAAAAGGUUCAAGAUUGGUGAUGAAAAUGUUGUUAGAGGGUUAUUGGAAGAGUCUGAGUCUGAUUUAAGUUCGUUUAGUGAAUUUGAUGACACGGAUGAGGACGAUACAUACAUGCCUCCAAACUCGUCAGGUGAUAAUCAAAGUUCCAAUGAUAGAAGUGAUAUUGAUGAAAAUACUUUAGAGGUAGUUAAUAACCAUCCAAAGACCUCUAAACAAACAUGGAAUGAUAUAACGAAUCAAAACCAAAAAAAUUUUUUGUUCGAAAAAAAUCCCGGUCUAAAAAUUGAAAUACCGCACAAUGCAACAAUAUGGACAUACUUGAACUUAUUUAUAACUGACGAAAUAAUUAAUUUAAUGGUUGUCGAAACGAAAAAGAAUGCUGAUCAGGUGUUAUCUAAACAUCGAUUGACUAAAACUAGUAGAUUUUCUAAGUGGGUGCCUACCAAUGAUGUUGAAAUUAAACAGUUCUUAGGUUUGCUUAUGUGGAUGGGGCUAGUCCAAAUGCCUAGUUUAAAAGAUUAUUGGAGUGUGAAGAUGUUAUACAAAAAUUGUGUAGCAAAAAAUAUCAUGUCAAGAAAUCGAUUCGAGUUGAUUCUCCGAUUUUGGCAUUUUGCUGAUAACGACCAAGCUCCUGAAAGUGAUAGAAUUUUUAAAAUUCGAAAUCUGAUUACAAAAAUGGUUCAUAACUUUCAAAAUAUAAUGGAACCAGAAGAAAUGAUGGCUGUAGAUGAAACAAUGGUUCCAUUUCGUGGGCGAUUAAAAUUCAAACAGUAUAUUCCUGGAAAGGCGCAUUAG